AUGUCGAUCGUCGAAGAAUUCCCCGUUGGUGCAGUGACGGGGGCAGAGACGAUGUUUCCGCUUGCGAGCCAAACGCCUUCCUAUUCGGGAGAACACGUGACCUACAUCUGCCCUCAGCAAGACCAAGUCUGCAAACACCAUAAACACCGCACAGCCUUCCUCGUCUCUGACUCGGUGGAAGUCUAUGGUGUAGGUCCCAAACCGUACCAUGGUUCCACAGUGGAUUAUGAGCUUUGA